AUGGCCGCAUGCACGCGCCACAUCGACGCGCUGCGCAUGCAUGCAAGCGCAUGCAAGGAUACCCAGGUCACAUGCGCCGGCGGCGCCGACGGCCCCGGCGCCAAAGCGGCGGCGGUGCGCGCGGCGGCGGCGCUCUCGGGCCCGUUUGCGGCGGUCGCCUCGGGGGCCGGCGCGCACAAGCAGCUGCGCGAGGAGCUGGCGGGCAGCUGCGCCGCCAGCGGCUUCCUGGCAGCUGCGUGCGGCGCGCUCAUGGAGGCCGCGGUGGCCCCACUCACAGCCGACGCCGGCGCGUGUGAGGAGGCUGCAGAAGGGCUGCUGGCGCUGGCGGUCUUCCUCUCUGGCGACGCGUCCGCCGCCAGCCCGCCGCGCUCUGGCGGGCCCGCGGAUUUGGACUCUGCGUCCGGAGAUUGGGAGGACGAGGAGCGGGCCGGCGCUGCCGCGGCAGGUGCCGCCGACCUGGGCGGCUGCGCGCCGGCGCUGGCGCCGCUGACGAUCUUGGGCGCCCCUGCGGCGGCGUUCGCCGCCGCCGGCGCCGAUUACGGCGACUCCCCGCUCGCCAGCGAGGGCCUGACGCCGCCCGCCGCGCGCGGCGACGCGACGACGGCAGCGGUGUGGGCCGGCGUGCGGCCGGCGCCGGAGGCGCAGCCGGGGCCGCCUGCGUGA